AUGCAAUUUUAUGUUGUUUUUGUUUUUUGCCCGAUUCGCUUCUAUGUUGUUGUGGGUUAUGGACUCCUUUAUCAGAUAAAAGAAAAUGUAGUCUUAUAUUGGACCACUGUAUUGAAGUCUGCAACAAUCUGGCGCGACUCCAUUUUGGCGCGGACGCACCUUCACGACGUGAGUCACCUAGUCUUUGCAAAAACAUUCACUUCUUCUAUGCUUGCCCAACUCAAAGUAAGCAAGCCAUGGCGGCUUCUGCUGCUACAUGUGCGGCCUGUUUUCCACUCCAGACCGUUAUCAUCACCCACAAAAUACCCUGAACUCCUGGAAUCAGAUUUUGACAGUGAAGGUCAACCUGACUACUUGAAGUUGAUUUUAACCUCUAGAGUCUACGAUGUGGUGGAUAAUGCGGGCUCUCCUCUCUCGCAUGCGGUCAAUUUAUCCCACAGGUGCAACGCUAAGAUUUUUUUGAAGAGAGAAGACUUGUUACCUGUUUUUUCGUUCAAGUUGCGUGGUGCCUACAACAUGAUUGCCAAGUUGCACUCCAAGACACCAUUGAAUGGUGUCAUAGCCUGUUCUGCGGGAAAUCAUGCACAAGGUGUGGCGUUCUCUGCCGCUAAAUUGAAGAUUCCAUCGACCAUCGUUAUGCCCACCGCAACCCCCUCGAUUAAAUACACAAAUGUGUCAAGACUCGGAUCGCACGUGGUGUUGUAUGGAGAAGACUUUGACGCCGCUAAACAAGAAUGUGCUCGCUUAAGUGCUUUGAAUAACUUGACAGAUAUCCCACCAUUUGACCAUCCUUACGUGAUUGCAGGCCAGGGCACUAUUGCUUUGGAAUUAACCAGGCAGUUGAUUUUGGACCAAUUGGAUGCCGUUUUUGUUCCCGUCGGUGGAGGUGGAUUGAUUGCAGGUAUAGCCACGUAUAUGAAAAAGGUUGCACCCCAUGUGAAGAUCAUUGGUGUUGAAACAUACGAUGCAGAUGCGUUGUACCGUUCAUUGAACGACAGCAAGAGAGCUCGUCUCGACAGCGUUGGCGUUUUUGCAGAUGGUACUGCAGUGAAGAUUCUUGGUGACGAAACAUGGCGUCUUUGCCAUAAGUACGUAGAUGAAGUCGUUCGUGUAUCCACUGACGAAACAUGUGCGGCUAUCAAAGACAUUUUUGAAGAUACAAGAUCCAUUGUUGAACCCUCUGGUGCUCUUGGUGUUGCUGGUAUGAAGAAAUACAUACAACAAACUGCUGACACAAUUGAUCACAAGAAGAAAACUUACAUUCCCAUUUUAUCUGGCGCCAAUAUGAACUUUGACCGCUUGAGAUUUGUCAGUGAAAGAGCAGUUCUUGGUGAAGGAAAGGAAGUUUCGUUUGUGGUGACAAUUCCAGAAAGACCUGGCGAAUUUGCCAAGCUUCAAAAGAUUAUUCAUCCUCGUGCAAUUACGGAAUUCUCUUACAGAUACACGGACAAUAAACAGGCUAAUAUUUAUGUCAGUUUCAAUGUUCAAAACAAGAACAAGGAGGUGGGGUCCAUUAUUAGCCAAAUGAGUAAUGAGGAUCAUAAAUAUGAGGUUGUGGAUAUUUCGGACAAUGAGUUGGCCAAGACCCAUGGCCGGUACUUGGUUGGUGGAAAGACCGAAAGAAGCUCCAAAACGGAUAACGAGAGGUUGUUCCAGUUCGAAUUCCCUGAAAGACCUGGUGCCUUGACAAAAUUUUUACAAGCUUUGAAGGACAAUUGGGACAUCACUUUAUUUCAUUACAGAAAUCAUGGUAAUGAUGUGGGUAAGGUUUUGUGUGGGUUUGUUCUCCCUCAAGAAACUUCAGAUGAAGAGUUCCACACUUUCUUGAAACAGUUGGAUUACAAAUAUAUUGACGAAUCUGAUAACGUUGUCUAUCAAAAAUUCUUGAAAUCAUAA